AUGGAGGUGUGGAGAAGCGGAGAAGAUGAGAGUCUGACUGAACUGGAGGGCUCGACAGGCACCAUGAUAGCCCUGAACUCCUCCAGCCACCUCCUCCUCUGCUACGAUGCUGCUAACCACACCAACUACACUACCACCAACAACAUCACCUAUUUCCCUUACUACCAGCACUCCCUCCCUGUGGCUGCUAGCUUCAUCCUGGCCUACCUUUUCAUCUUCCUGCUGUGCAUGGUGGGUAAUGUGCUUGUGUGUCUGAUCGUGCUGGGGAACCGCCGCAUGAGAACCGUCACCAACCUUUUCAUCCUCAACCUGGCGGUCAGCGACCUGCUGGUGGGCAUUUUCUGCAUCCCCACAACGCUGGUGGACAACCUCAUCACAGGUAGGUAACGCAACUCGGUUUCACUGACCUGGUGAACGCAACUCUGUAAAGGGUGGGGAAUACAACUCUGGAUGGGGGGGCGAAUGCAACUCUGUCUGAGCUGGCGAACGCAACUCUGUCUGAGCUGGCGAACCAAAACUGGUCCACGAAAAUUGCGUACUACGUCACAUAUGUGCAGUGCAUUUGGAAAGUAUUCAGACCCCUUCACUUUUUCCACAUUUUGUUACGUUACAGCGUUAUUCUAAAAUGGAUUAAAUAAAAAAUGGUCCUCAUCAAUCUACACACAAUACCCCAUAAUGACAAAGCGAAAACAGAUUUUUAGAACUUUUUGCAAAUUUAUAAAAUAAAACUGAAAAACCUUAUUUACAGAAGUAUUCAGACCCUUUGCUAUGAGACUCGAAAUUGACCUCAGGUGCAUCCUGUUUCCAUUGAUCAUCCUUGAGAUGUUUCUACAACAUUAUUUUUUUAUUUUACAACAUGAUUUGAGUCCACCUGUGGUACAUUCAAUUGAUUUGGAAAGGCACACACCUAUCUAUAUAAGGUCCUACAGUUGACAUUGCAUGUCAGAGCAAAAACCAAGCCAUGAGGUCGAAAUAAUUGUCUGUAGAGCUCCGAGACCUGAUUGUGCCGAGGCACAGAUCUGGGGAAAGGUACCAAAAAUGUCUGCAGCAUUGAAGGUCCCCAAGAACACAGUGGCCUCCAUCAUUCUUAAAUGAAAGAAGUUUGGAACCACCAAGACUCUUCCUAGAGCUGGCCACCUGGCCAAACUCUAGACUCGAAAUUGACCUCAGGUGCAUCCUGUUUCCAUUGAUCAUCCUUGAGAUGUUUCUACAACAUUAUUUUUUUAUUUUACAACAUGAUUUGAGUCCACCUGUGGUACAUUCAAUUGAUUUGGAAAGGCACACACCUAUCUAUAUAAGGUCCUACAGUUGACAUUGCAUGUCAGAGCAAAAACCAAGCCAUGAGGUCGAAAUAAUUGUCUGUAGAGCUCCGAGACCUGAUUGUGCCGAGGCACAGAUCUGGGGAAGGGUACCAAAAAUGUCUGCAGCAUUGAAGGUCCCCAAGAACACAGUGGCCUCCAUCAUUCUUAAAUGAAAGAAGUUUGGAACCACCAAGACUCUUCCUAGAGCUGGCCACCUGGCCAAACUGAGCAAUCGGGGGAGAAGGACCUUGGUCAGGGAGGUGACCAAGAACCCGAUGGUCACUCUGACAGAGCUCCAGAGUUCCUCUGUGGAGAUUUGAGAACCUUCCAGAAGGACAACCAUCUCUGCAGCACUCCACCAAUCAGGCCUUUAUGGUAGAGUGGCCAGACGGAAGCCGCUGCGGUGAAGCAUGGUGGUGGCAGCAUCAUGCUGUGGGGAUGUUUUUCAGCGGCAGGGACUGGGAGACUAGUCAGGAUCGAGGGAAACAUGAACGGAGCAAAGUACAGAGAGAUCCUAGAUGAAACCUGCUCCAGAGCACUCAGGACCUCAGACUGGGGCAAAGGUUCACCUUCCAACAGGACAACGACCCUAAGUACACAUCCAAGACAACGCAAGAGUGGCUUCGGGACAGGUCUCUGAAUAUCCUUGAGUGGCCCAGCCAGAGCCCGGACUUGAACCUGGUCAAACAUCUCUGGAGACAUCUGAAAAUAGUGCACCAUGUCAUUGCUGUCUGUCUCGCUCUGCUGUGUGUGCAUCUUGCUAACUGUCACACAAAUGGCGAGGGGCUGAAGCUUAUUGACUGAAUUGCUAGGGGGCUGGCCCAUGUGGGGGGAAAUGUAGGGAAAAUGGCACAGCACAGGUUCCAGAAAAAUGGUUGAUUUUAAACUAGGGAUUUUGUUGCUAAUUGAGGUAAGACAUUCUGCUCAUAGAAUAUGCAUGUAUGAACUACACAUUGACACAUCAACAGCGGGAGGUUAAAAAAAUACUUAAUAGUCUGCAAUGUUCCGGAGCAUGUCUUUACUAAUUUGUGAAUUUUUGACUCCUCAAAAAGAAAGAACAGAAACAUAGUUAUAAUGAAUAUAAACAAAGUGUUGCUGCAGGCAACAUUAGAUGAUCAGAGGAGACAUAAACAGAGUGAGGAAUAUUGUCAGAGAUCCUUCCUGCAGAAUGUUUUUCAUGAGUUUGUAUUUUUUUUACCACUGGCCAUUCACUUCUUAUCUUCCAAAAGCAGGACAAAAAAAAGGAAACUUGGCUACUUCAGAACUCAAUUUACAUACAUAUUAAUAUGUUAUCACUCAUAGACUGGGUUUGGAUUUGAGGGACCCAUAUAUGCCCAUAAGCAUUGAAAAUGUUAACCUUGGCCCACCCCACUAUCUUUUCGUCACCCCCAAGACCCAAUGUGAAGGCCAAACCCUGCCUGUGGAUAUACAGUACCAGUCAAAAGUUUGGACACACCUACUCAUUCCAGGGCUUUUCUUUAUUUUUACUAUUUUCUACAUUGUAGAAUAAUAGUGAAGACAUCAAAACCAUGAAAUAACACAUAUGGAAUCAUGUAGUAACCGAAAAAGUGUUAAACACAUUUUUGAGAUUCUUCAAAGUAGCCACCCUUUGCCUUGAUGACACUGCACACUCUUGAAAUUCUCUCAACCAGCUUCAUGAAGUAGUCACCUGGAAUGCAUUUCAAUUAACAGGUGUUUCUUGUUAAAAGUUAAUUUGUGGAAUUGAUUUCCUUCUUAAUGCGUUUGAGCCAAUCAGUUGUGUUGUGACAAGGUAGGGUUGGUAUACAGAAGAUAGCCCUAUUUAGUAAAAGACCAAGUCCAUAUUAUGGCAAGAAAAGCUCAAAUAAGCAAAGACAAAUGACAGUCCAUCAUUACUUUAAAACAUUAAGGUCAGUCAAUACUGAACAUUUCAAGAACUUUGAAACUGGCUCUCAUGAGGACCGCCACAGGAAAGGAAGACCCAGAGUUACCUCUGCUGCAGAGGAUAAGUUCAUUAGAGUUAACUGCAACUCAGAUUGCAGCCCAAAUAAAUGCUUCACAGAGUUCAAGUAACAGACACAUCUCAACAUCAACUGUUCAGAGUAGACUGCGUGAAUCAGACCUUCAUGAUCAAAUUGCUGCAAAGAAACCACUAUUAAAGGACACCAAUAAUAAUAAGAGACUUGCUUGGGCCAAGAAACACGAGCAAUGGACAUUAGACCGGUGGAAGUCCAAAUUUGAGAUUUUUGGUUCCAACCGCCGUGUCUUUGUGAGACGCAGAGUAGGUGAACGGAUGAUCUCUGCAUGUGUGGUUCCCUCCAUGAAGUAUUGAGGAGGAGUUGUGAUGUUGUGGGGGUGCUUUGCUGGUGACGCUGUCAGUGAUUUAUUUAGGAUUUAAGGCACACUUAACCAGCAUGGCUACCACAGCAUUCUGCAGCGAUACACCAUCCCAUCUGGUUUGCGCUUAGUGGGACUAUCAUUUGUUUUUCAACAGGACAAUGACCCAAAACACACCUCCAGGCUGUGUAAGGGCUAUUUGGCCAAGAAGGAUGAUGGAGUGCUGCAUUAGAUGACCUGGCCUCCACAAUUACCCGACCUCAACCCAGUUGAGAUGGUUUGGGAUGAGUUGGACUGCAGAGUGAAGGAAAAGCAGCCAACAAGUGCUCAGUAUAUGUGGGAACUCCUUCAAGACUAUUGGAAAAGCAUUCUAGGUGAAGCUGGUUGAGAGAAUGCCAAGAGUGUGCAAAGCUGUCAUCAAGGCAAAGGGUGGCUACUUUGAAGAAUCUCAAUUUGUUUAACACUUUUUGGGUUACUACAUGAUUCCAUAUGUGUUAUUACAUAGUUUUGAUGUCUUCACUAUUAUUCUACAAUGUAGAAAAUAGUAAAGAUAAAGAAAAACCCUUGAAUUAGAAGGUGUCCAAACUUUUGACUAGUACUGUACAUAACUUCUCACAAUACAUUGCUAGAAAGUUAAGAUAAUAUGAUUAAUUCAUUUGUCUUCAUAUUAAAAUGUAUAUGCAUAGUUAAUGCCACAUCAUUAUAUAUCAUUCACACUAUAGCCUUGUGCUGCACAACUGUGAAAUCAUAUUAGAGAUGUACUGUACACUAAUCAUAUUAGAGAUGUACUGUACACUAAUCAUAUUAGAGAUGUACUGUACACUAAUCAUAUUAGAGAUGUACUGUACACUAAUCAUAUUAGAGAUGUGCUGUACACUAAUCAUAUUAGAGAUGUACUGUACACUAAUCAUAUUAGACAUUGUACCAUUUUCAUGUAACACAUUUAAUGUAAAGGAAAUAUAGAAUGCAUCAGAAUUUCAGGUGUGACAAUCUCCAUUAUAAAAAUACAGGGGCGCCACUUUGGUUUUAGAAGUGGGGUGGACAUACCUGGCGGGGGGUCUGGGGGUCCUCCCACAUUUUUUGGGGCAUCUAAAGCUCAUUUCCUGCAUUUUUACACAAUCCAAUAUGCCGUCUCUAUUUAGAACAAAAAGUAAGCAAAAAUGCCCACAGUCAUCAAGCUACUGUAGGUAAGAUAUCAUUAUUAAAUAUGUUUAAGUGGUUAAUAAGACUUAACUAGAUCAAAGGUAAUUAAAUAAUAAAUAUUGUGUUGCACCUUUAACCAAUAGCCUAUCAAAUGAACAACUCUUGAAAAAAUACAGACUUUUGAUUGUCUUUAUUAAGACAUCGUCUAUAUCAAAUUUCAGCCAGACCGACCAACCAGCCCCUGCCAUCUGCACGCCCGACCCCCACAAGUCAAUAACUAAACUCUCUCCCAACACAAUUUCCUUUCCAGUUCCCACCUUUAAAAAAAAAAUGUCAUUCCCAAGGGAAAGAAACAUUGAUUUCCUUCUUAAUGCGUUUGAGCCAAUCAGUUGUGUUGUGACAAGGUAGGGUUGGUAUACAGAAGAUAGCCCUAUUUAGUCAAGACCAAGUCAAAUAUACAUUAACACACAGAAACAGCAAAUCCUCCAUGUAUUUAAUCUCAUAGGCCUAAUAGUACUGUAGAGCCAGCGGUGGAAAAAGUACUCCGUUUUCAUACUUGAGUAAAAGUAAUGAUAUCUUUAAUAGGAAAUUUACUCAAGUAAAAGUGAAAGUCACCCAGUAAAAUACUACUUGAGUAAAAGUCUAAAAGUAUCUGGUUUUAAAUGUACUUAAGUACAGUGGUGGCAAAAGUACUGAAUUGUCAUACUUGAGUAAAAGUAAAUACUAUACAUAAAAUUCCUUAUAUUAUACAAACCAGACAGCACGAUUUUCUUGUUUUUUAAAAUUUAUGGUCAGCCAGGGGCACACUCCAACACUUAGACAUCAUUUACAAACACAGUAUAUGUGUUUAGUGAGUCCGCCAGAUCAGAAGCAAUAGGGAUGACAAUGCGUUAUAUUGAUAGGUGCGUGAAUUGGACCAUAUUGCUGUCCUGCCUGAGCAUUUGAAAUGUAACGAGUACUUUUUGGUGUCAGGGAAAAUGUAUGGAGUAAGAAGUAUAUUAUUUUCUCUAGGAAUGUAGUGGAGUAAAAGUUGUCAAAAAUAUAAGUAGUAAAGUACAGAUACCCCAAAACAUGACUUAAGUAGUACUUUAAAGUAUUUUACUUAAGUACUUUACACCACUGUGUAGAGCUCUUUUUACUUGCACACAAUAUAACUGGGUCGCCCCAUCCUGUCCAUAGGGGUCCACCACCCUGCAGCGCCCCAACCUAACACAUCCCACUCAGCUUUAGGAUCUUAGUGAAACAUUCAUUUAUUGGUUGGGUGUGUUAGGCCAAGGCCAGAGUGACAACCCACAGGAUGGCAGACUCACACGGCCAGGACUGAGCAGCACAGCAGCUAGGGAUUGCCUAAAUAGGUGUCUCCCCUGACGUGGGCAUGUUUUCAAUGCAAACUCCUUUUGUCGUACAGUAUUCCAUAUAAGGCAUCCAGACCUUAUGAAAGUUGCCCAGUAUACCCUUAAUCUUGUAAUAAAUCAAAUCUAGUGAUACAUAACUUGACAUUGUUGGAGGAUAACCAACCUUCCAAUCAAUGGCAAUGCAAUUCUUAGCCACUAUAAAUGCUUGGUUACACGGUUUCUUCAGAUAACAGUCUCCAGUAUCAACGUUUCCAAGCAAACAAAAACAGGGAGAAUCUGUAGACAUGCUGAGAUAAAAUAACAUACUCUUUGCCAGAAUUCAGCCAGCCUUCACAAGAUCACAACAUAUGCAAAUAUGUCCCCUUUUGUGUUUUACACCUCCAUCAGAGGAAUUACUUUUCUGAGUGCAUGUAAUUCAGUUUCACUGGCAUAUAGUACAUUCUAUGGAUGGUCUUAAACUGCAGUAAUUUGUGUCUGAGAUUAUAUGAACAUGACUGGGAAUUCAAACAUAUCUGUAUCAAUUUAUCAUCAUCAACAGCUUCUACCAGGUCUUCCUCACAUUUUUAUCAACCCUUGAUACAGUUUGGAAAUUAACUUUGGAGGUUUGUCAGACUGCCUUAAAAGAGCAUCUGGCUUGUCCAGUGUUUGCUGCACAGAGAGAAUAAAGUGUUGUAUCUGCAAAAAUUCACGUCAGCUCCAUCACAGACUGGUCUUCCCUGUCUGCCUGACCCUGCUGAGACCCCUGUGACCAUCUGAUCCUCCUAAGAUGAGGCAUGACAAAUAAUUACCUUGAUGUACAUUAUAUUAUCCAACAAUAGAAUGAAUGGUUCAAUAAUUGAAAUGAACAUUAUUCCCAGAUCCCAGACUGUAGCUUUAAGCUUAAGCUGCUGUCCUGUAGCUACUGUAGGUCUACCCAUCAAUUCAAGAUGGAACUUUGUAUCAUUCACUGAUAUUAUUAAUAUAUUACAAAAUUCACCUGAGCUCCGUAGACUGGUCUUCCCUGGCUGGCUGACCCUGCUGGGACCCCUGUCACCACCUGAUCCUGCUAAGACAUGAUGAGCAGUGUUGAGUAGUGACUGUGCACUAGAGGGCUGCAUUCCCAUGGGAUGCCUGCGGGACCUGCGGGUCCCGACACAGAUCAUUGCGGCCCAGUCGGAAUUGUCAUGCUGUGAGACAGACGACUUUGGGAUUCAAAUAUUUUUGUUGUCCCACAGAUUAUUUGGAAACUGGCCUCUUUCUGCUUUGUAUGCGUUACCCUACCUAUUGUAUUAAAAACACAUAUUUUUCGCAUUAUUCACACACUCAGAAUUCGCUGCUUCAACUUCAGUAGCCUACCUCUCCUAGUUGGGCAUGAGAGUUCAAGUGCCGCUAGUAUGUGUGGUCUCAUUGAAAUAGGGUAGGCUGCAUACAUGGGCGGAGAAUCACGUGGCAGUUAACUUAAAUAUGAAAUUUAACUUAGAUAUGAUUAGACUAUACAGUCGUGGUCAAAAGUUUUGAGAAUGACACAAGUAUUGGUCUUCACAAAGUUUGCUGCUUCAGUGUUUUUAGAUAUUUUUGUCAGAUGUUACUAUGGUAUACUGAAGUAUAAUUACAAGCAUUCCAUAAGUCUCAAAGGCUUUUAUUGACAAUUACAUUAAGUUUUGCAAAGAGUCAAUAUUUGCAGUGUUGACCCUUCUUUUUUAAGACCUCUGCAAUCUGCCCUGGCAUGCUGUCAAUUAAGUUCUGGGCCACAUCCUGCCUGAUGGCAGCCCAUUCUUGCAUAAUCAAUGCUUGGAGUUUGUCAGAAUCUGUGGGUUUUUGUUCGUCCACCCGCCUCUUGAGGAUUGACCACAAGUUCUCAAUGGGAUUAAGGUCUGGGGAGUUUCCUGGCCAUGGACCCAAAAUGUAGAUGUUUUGUUCCCCGAGCCACUUAGUUAUCACUUUUGCCUUAUGGCAAGGUGCUCCAUCAUGCUGGAAAAGGCAUUGUUCGUCACCAAACUGUUCUUGGAUGGUUGGGAGAAGUUGCUCUCGGAGGAGGUGUUGGUACCAUUCUUUAUUCAUGGCUGUGUUCUUAGGCAAAAUUGUGAGUGAGCCCACUCCCUUGGCUGAGAAGCAACCCCACACAUGAGUGGUCUCAGGAUGCUUUACUGUUGGCAUGACACAAGACUGAUGGUAGCGCUCACCUUGUCUUCUCCGGACAAGCUUUUUUCCGGAUGCCCCAAACAAUCGGAAAGGGGAUUCAUCAGAGAAAAUGACUUUACCCCAGUCCUCUGCAGUCCAAUCCCUGUACCUUUUGCAGAAUAUCAGUCUGUCCCUGAUGUUUUUCCUGGAGAGAAGUGGCUUCCUCGCUGCCCUUCUUGACACCAGGCCAUCCUCCAAAAGUCUUCACCUCACUGUGCGUGCAGAUGCACUCACACCUGCCUGCUGCCAUUCCUGAGCAAGCUCUGCACUGGUGUUGCCCCAAUCCCGCAGCUGAAUCAACUUUAGGAGACGGUCCUGGCGCUUGCUGGACUUUCUUGGGCACCCUGAAGCCUUCUUCACAACAAUUGAACCUCUCUCCUUGAUGUUCUUGAUGAUCUGAUAAAUGGUUGAUUUAGGUGCAAUCUUACUAGCAGCAAUAUCCUUGCCUGUGCCCUUUUUGUGCAAAGCAAUGAUAACGGCACGUGUUGCCUUGCAGGUAACCAUGGUUAACAGAGGAAGAACAAUGAUUUCAAGCUCCACCCUCCUUUUAAAGCUUCCAGUCUGUUAUUCUAACUCAAUCAGCAUGACAGAGUGAUCUCCAGCCUUGUCCUCGUCAACACUCUCACCUGUGUUAAUGAGAGAAUCACUGACAUGAUGUCAGCUGGUCCUUUUGUGGCAGGGCUGAAAUGCAGUGGAAAUGUUUUCUUAGUAUUAAGUUCAUUUUCAUGGCAAAGAGGGACUUUGCAAUUAAUUGCAAUUCAUCUGAUCACUCUUCAUAACAUUCUGGAGUAUAUGCAAAUUGCCAUCAUAAAAACUGAGGCAGCAGACUUUUGACCUUGACUGUAGUUUACUACAGUGUCUCUAAAUAAAUAGGCUAUUGAUCAUGGAAAGAAGUGGAGGACGCUUAACCAACGUGAGUCAAAGUGCAAUCAAAAAAUGUAAUCAUUGAAAAGGAAAAGGCACAACGCGCACAUAGGUUAGGCUACUAUGGUGAGCGAGUGUUGCUCCUUUUCAUUUUCAAUAAAUAUAGAUUUUUCCAUUUAUUUGUCUCUGCCUGCAAAUCAUCCUCCUAAAAGGUAGGCUAUAUCCUAUAGGCCUAUGCAAAACGUAGCAAGUGUCGCUGUCAUCAUUCUUGCUGCUUCAAGUUCAGUAGCCAUACCUGCGAGAUCAGGUGCGCGUGUGGUCUCAAAUAAAUAGAGUAGGCUAUAGCCUAUGCAUGGGCGGAGAAGCACGGGGCAGUUAUAUUUCGAAGGAAAUGUACUUCCUAAAUACUUUACUACAUUGCCUAGAAAUAGGCCUAAAUAUUGAUCACCCAUAUUUCUCAGUCUGAAAAUCUUCCCACUCCUAAAAGGCAGUUUAUAAAAAUAGUCUCUCCUACUCUGCUCUCUUCAAACUACAUCUCGCUACAUUGGCUGAUAUAGCCCAGUAAUACAUAUAACCUUAUAAAAGGGCAAUGUGAGAAUCUCUGGUAAUUUAAACUAUUUCUUCAGUUAUUUUUUUAUAUUGCCUAUAGGGCGCAAAAAUGCUGGGACCAUUGCUGGCAAGGGAGCUGCAUCACAUCCGCCUAAAAUAACAUUGCAGGACUGCGGUUGGGUUUGGGACCAGGGAGUCAGACAGAAAGCCAGCGGGUGUGAGCGUAGUGCGAUAUGAAAAGCUGCAUCAUGACCGUAAAGCCUGUAACAUUAGAGCUGUUUAUUACUGUGUCAGUGUGAAAAGUAGGGUACUGACUGAUCAAUAAUGUUAUAUUGCCAUAAAGACUAAUAAAAACUCACAUUGCACUGAAAAUUUUUUCAGAAUAUCAAUCGUUUGGCUGAUGGUUUCAUCGUUUGAUUAAGAUCUACUGUGAUUGAGGCAAAAAUAAUAGCUAAAGUUAGCCAACUUUUGGCCAGCUCUCUCUCUAACGGUACAUCAGCUGGCGAAAGCUAGCCAAGUUCAUUUACUUCUGUUGAAACGGGACAAAACGAAGGCUACAAAACAUUUCCAUGCAAACAACCGUCCCCAGUUAAAGUGGUGCUGCCAAAAAUAUAUGAUUAAUUUAUCUAAAGUUAGAAACAUAACGUGACAUUUCGGUCAGCGACCUUCAUCAGACAGAGUAGUGCCACUACUCCAGUUGUUUGAGCACGAAACUCCCCUUUUCCUUCGACUCAAUGUAGAGAGUCAUAAUGAGAUUUAAUUCAUAUUAAUGAUGGGUAAGAGUAGCACCUCGAGGACAAAGAUCAGAUCCUGAUUCUCUACAUUCUCUGUCAAGAAACUAUCCCUAUAAGAAUGGUUGUACACAUCCUCUUGUACCCAUCCUCUUGUACAUAACCUCUUGUACAUAACCUCUUGUUAUCUAGGCAACGGGAUAUAAAUUGUGCCUAUACCCUGCUGAGCUUGGUGUGAUGAGCUUUGUUCUAACAUAACUUAGAAAUCUUAGAGCUGUUUGAGUUUUAUUUAAUGCAUAUUUCAUCAUGUUCAUUUCAGACUGUCAUUAUGCACAUUCUACUGAUGGAAAAUGGGGGCAUGUAAAUUGCUAAUUUACAGACUAGUAGUAUAACUGGCUAAUCGAUAGUUGUAUAACUUCAUGAUAGCAAAUUACAGCCAACAUAGAAAAUUAUACAUGUUAUGAUUCCCCAUUCUACAGACCCAUUUGAAUUGGUCUUCAUUACCAUCUUAUGUCUUAUUCAUCAAGUCCUUCAAAACAAACAGAAUAUAUGUUUAACCAGUAUUUAUAUCACCAUCUGUGGGUUGAGUGAUGAUUGUGUCUAUGUAAAUGUGUAUAUUGUGCCAUCAACCUUUUGGUGCAUAUGACACAACAGCCUGGUCUUGAGUUUGUGAGAACAUUUUGCACAAGGCAAAAUCUAUUUAUGCAAUGACCUAUUAUCAUUUGAAAAGGAGAUAACAGAAUAAUAACUAAUACAAUACUAUUAAUGCAGUUUCUAAAACUUCAGUUACAAUGUUUCCCUGGUCUGCAGAAAUUCAGACUGGAUGCCAAAUAAUGCUAUCCUCUAUUGACGUUUAAGCCAGGUCAUAUGGCAGAUCAUUCAUUAAGCUAAUUGAUUCAUUUCACUGAACACAGAUCUUCAGUGAAGAAGGGCCAAGUCUAUACUCCCAUUUGUGUAGAAUCUAACCACACAACACACGUGUCUUAACCACUGUGCUUUACAUAGCCUAGUACUGUACACACUCAGGGUGUACAACUAAUGUACAGCGCAUUUGACACAACUGUGUACAAGGCCUAGGAAAUUGUGGCUGGGUCUAUAUCUUUUAAUUUAACCUUAUUUUACCAAGUAAGUUGAACUCUCUAUGGCUGCUGUCUCUUUGUUGUUGUUUGUAAUUGUCAUUGAUUUUGUCAACAGGCUGGCCGUUUACCAACACUGUGUGUAAACUGAGUGGUCUGGUGCAGGGGAUGUCUGUAGCUGCCUCAGUCUUCACCCUGGUGGCCAUCGCAGUCGACAGGUUAGUAUGAUGGAGCUCUACAGUGAGGCUGGGGAGGGAAUUUGGUUGGAGACAAUGAUUAUUUUUACUGUGUAAUUUAUCUCACCUGUGGUAAUUUAUCUCACCUGUGAUUGCAGGUGCCCUACAGGUUAGAAAUAGCCAUUCAACCAGUUUUGAAAAUAAAAAAACAGGACAUUGCAGUCCAAGUGCAAGGGGUGCCAAUAUAUUUGACCACAUUUGUAUAGUGCCUUGGCAACAAAAAAAAACAGCAAGCAUUCUUCCUUUUACUCUCUCUAUUUCCAAUAUCCACAGGUUCUGCUGCAUUGUGUACCCUUUUCAUCCCAAACUCACCCUGCUAGUUGCCAAGGCGACCAUAGCGAUGAUCUGGAUUCUGGCUGUGGUAAUCAUGUGUCCGUCAGCAGCUGCCCUGACCGUGAAGGAGGUGGCCGAUCACUACAUGGUUUACAACCAGAACUACAACAUGACCUACCCCCUGUACUCCUGCUAUGAGAACUUUGCUGACCCGAAGAUGAGGAAGGUCUACACCAUGGUUCUGUUCGCCCACAUCUACUUGGUGCCCCUGGCUCUCAUCACCAUCAUGUACGGGCGCAUCGGGGUGAAGCUCUACACCUCUGUGGUGUCAAGCAGAGAGCCUCAGGAUGCAGCACCUCCUCCUCCCCCAGCCAGGCAUGAGGGGGGCAGGCCGCUGAUCUCCCAGAAGAAAAUCAAGGUGAUCAAGAUGCUGAUCGUGGUGGCCCUGCUGUUCAUGCUGUCCUGGCUGCCGCUGUGGACUCUGAUGCUGCUGACAGACUACGGUGGGCUGGAAGAGGAACAGUUGGAGCUCCUCACCGGAUACAUCUUUCCUUUCGCUCACUGGCUAGCGUUUUCCAACUCCUCUGUCAACCCCAUCAUCUACGGAUACUUCAACGAGAACUUCAAGAGGGGCUUCCAGGCCGUCUGCCAGACCAACUCCUGCUGUCCCCCCGGGAAUAGGGGUGAGGUAACGGGAAGGGGAACCAGGGAAGGUAGGGCAGGAGGUGGGGGUAAUGGUGGGUUGGGUGGAGGCGGACUGAGGGAUCCCACAAGCAACCCCAAUCCUCUCUUGUUUGGGGCAAGGAACAAAGUAUACACUGACGGUAAUGUGGCAGACUCUGUUCUCCUUGAGCUGGAGUUGAAGAAUAAUUCUAAGGUGGGAAGCAACGCGGUCCAUGUUGAGGGUGGGGGGACUGGAAGAAUAGGGAUUGGCAAUGUGAUGAACAAAAAGGGGCUUCAUGUUGAGGAGCCCACCAGCCCAAUGGGAGUGUGUCAGGCCUGGGAUCAUUAG